AUGACACCUCUAAGCGCCGUCGAUCUUUUAAGAAAUAUAUUGCACUCAAGUUGUAAAGUUUAUUUAGGGUUGCUUGAAAUCUCCUUGAAGCACACGAAAUUGAUUCAAGUUUUCAAAGAAACUUGUUGUGAUGAAAAUCAACGUUUUUUAAGAGUGUUUUUGUUUUCGGCGCUGCUGCCAACGCUCGAGUUCAAAGCACUAAAUGUUUAUUUAUGGUGGCAGCCUUUAAAUGGCAUCUCUCAUCGACAUGUCCCCGAUAUCUUGAAAAUGUGCAAAAUAUGA